AUGUCGAGAUAUCGACGCUUCGCAAAUACUUUCACAUCGUUCCGUGCUCUACAUAACGCUCUUAAGCUGGAAAGUUCUUCCUCAAGCCUCGCUAAUGAAGAUUUGUUUCCAUCGCCCCCGGAAAAGCGUACCUGGACCGCAUUUGAUUUCUUCGCAUACUGGUGGAGUGAAUCCUGGGCUGUUGCGGCGUGGUCGAUUGGCGCCUCGUUAAUCACUCUUGGAGCAACCGUGAGAGAUGCAGUGUUGGUUGUGCUGUUCGGGAACAUACUUACUUCUGUUGUCAUCGUGUUGAACGGAAGAGCCGCUGCGGCCUAUCACAUUGGAUUUCCAGUACAGUCCAGAGCAAGUUUUGGAAUAUACGGCCAGUAUUUCGUCGUGGUACUACGUGCAUUGGUUGGCAUUGCCUGGGGUGGCGUGCAAUUAUAUUACGAGGGACAGUUUCUUUCCAUAUGCCUUCGUUGCAUUUUUCCCGGAUGGAACCAUAUUCCAAACACUAUACCGGCGAGCCAAGCCAUCACUGUUCAAGGACUGAUAGGGUUCUUCCUCGCCUUUCUCUCCGCUCUUCCCUUCACAUUUAUCCAUACCACCAGGAUCCGACAUAUGUUCAGCUUUAAGGCCAUCGUUGUUCCGCUAGCAGGACUAGGGAUCGUAUGUUGGGCCAUUACUGCCAAUAAAGGGGUUUCAGCAGAUAAACUAGUUGAUGAAUCGAAACGGAAAUCGACAUCCAUCUUUGCAUGGGGACUAAUCGCCCAGCUCAAUGCUGUGCUAGGGACAAAUUCCGCUCUUAUAGUUACAGUUCCUGAUUUGGCUCGGUAUUCCACGAACCGAAAUGCACAGGUAUAUGGACAGGCUCUGGGAUUGCCGUUGUCUCAAACCAUAUGUGCGGCAUUUGGUAUCAUCACUACUGCAGCCGUGAAGAACAUGUACGGAGAAGCAUAUUGGAACCCAUAUGAUCUUCUUAACGGUAUACUUGACCAUGGCUACACUCCUAAAGCACGAGCAGGGGUGUUCUUUGCAGCUGCUGCAUGGGCAUUUGCAACUCUGGGAACAUCGAUUGCAUGCAAUGCUGUACCCUUUGCCGCUGACAUUACCUGCCUUGCGCCAAAAUACGUCAAUAUCGUACGCGGUCAGGUCAUCUGGCUGAUAAUUUCACUCGGGAUUGUGCCUUGGCGCCUUGUUGGUACCGCAAGCAGCUUCCUUCGCUUUCUCACGGGCUAUUGCAUCUUCCAGGGCCCCGUGGUUGGCAUCAUGUUGAUCGAUUACUUCUUCGUGAGACGAGGUAACCUUCACUUACCAGAUCUCUAUCGCCACUCAUCAACCGCAAGAUACUAUUUCACCAAAGGCUUCAAUAUUCGUGCCUUUGCUGCAUUUAUCAUCGGUGCCUUACUCCCCUUGCCAGGGCUGGUAGGGAGCUUUGGCCACUCCUUUUCCAGUGCUGCUGACCACAUGUUCUCCUUAGGCUGGAUACUUAGCUUUCUAGUCGGAAGCCUGAGUUACUGGGUAUUUUGUACAUUUUUCAAAGUUCCAGGUGACGAUGCUAGUUACGCAUUUGAGGAGAAGGUGGCAGAUGCAGAAGAGAUGAUACGUCAGGGUGGGGACGAGUUGUCUCCAUCUUGUGAAGUAAAAGACGAUUCUUCUUUACAGAUUGAAGAAAUUGAACAGAGAAGGGCAUCAGAUCCCCUGCGGAGUAUAGCAUGA